AUGAAAAAGCGCUGUUUUCGAGACUUCGGAUGUUUGCGGUCGUCUGAUAAUGUAACUACUGGUAUCCGAAAGAAGUUGGUAAUUGUUGGUGACGGAGCCUGUGGAAAAACAUGUUUACUCAUUGUUUUCAGCAAAGAUCAAUUCCCAGAAGUUUACGUCCCAACAGUAUUUGAAAACUAUGUGGCUGAUAUUGAGGUUGAUAAUAAGCAAAUAGAACUAGCUUUGUGGGAUACCGCUGGUCAAGAAGAUUAUAAUCGCCUUCGCCCAUUAUCAUAUCCAGACACCGAUGUAAUUUUGAUGUGCUAUUCUAUUGACAGUCCUGACAGUUUAUCUAAUAUCAAAGAGAAAUGGAUACCGGAAGUUAAACAUUUUUGCCCAAACACACCAAUUAUAUUGGUUGGAAACAAGAGUGAUCUCAGAUAUGAUGAUAAAGUUAUCAAUGAACUUGCCCGUUUAGGUCAACAUCCAGUUACAACUAGCGAAGCAAAGGCAGUGUCUGCUUAUAUUGGCGCUUACGGAGAAAUUGAAUGUUCAGCGAAAACUAAAGAAAAUGUACGUCAAGUAUUUGAAUUAGCCUCUAGAGCAUGUUUAAAAAUACAGAAAAAACAUAAAAGUUAUAAAUUAUUUUGA